GACCACGACCCGACCACACGACAAACAGCAACCGGCUUUGCGUUCCCCACAUCGGCGAGCUUGUAUCCAUAGUCGUCUGGCCGGAGCGGUACCGCACACCUGUCCGCGGGACUCGGGUUCAGGGUUGAGGUUCGAACAAUCAGGUGAACUUGGACGUUUUGGCCUUGGACGGUCGCGGCCUUUUUUCGAAAUCAAAACUCCGCCAUCGUCCAGGUCCACAAAAAAAAAGGUCAAACGAUUUGUUGGACCUGACGAUAAAAAUCCAUCUUCACCAUCGAUUGUCCGUCGUCCAAGAGAUUCGUCGAUUAACAUUGCGCGUCUUUUGGUGAGAGGGAGGACGGGCGAAGAGAGGGGCACGUAGGACAGAGAACAUAGAGGGAAAGCCGUCAUGGCUCGCCCUCGAACGGCACCCGAAGGUCAGCCAGAGCCAGAGCCAUCGUCGUCGUCGUCAUCAACAUCGUCGUCUGGAUUUAGGCCGCCACAGCACGUCCGGUUGCAUCCACCGGAUCAGGAGCCGUCGUUCACUUUUGUCUGCUUGGGCGUUGGCGGAGGGCCUCUGGAGAGCGAUUGCUCCUGCUACCUCCUCAAACCCGCCGACCGUGACUGGCAUAAUGGCGCUGUGGUGGUGGAGGGAGGCUCCUGGCUCGGCGCUCUCGCGCGUAUCCUCGAGAAUGUGGGACCGGAGUCGGCAUUUGCCGACGUUCAGUUUCCUCACGACGACGCUGCGCUGCGGGCCGGCUAUCUGGGCAGCUUUGCCCAUUCCUUUUUGAUCUCCCACGCCCACCUAGACCACAUCGCGGGCAUGGUCCUGGGCUCGGCCAGCCUUCCGGGAAAGAGAAAGGUGCUUGGGCUUAAGCCGACGCUCGAGAACCUCUCGGAUCUCUUCAAUGGCAAGAUCUGGCCCAAGCUCGCCAGCUGGGAGGACGACGGAGGUCCUGCCGUCUAUCACCUAAAGGCUCUUUACUCGCAAGAGCAAGCCAACAUCGACGACUCCCUGGCCGUCCUGCCGUUUGCACUGAGCCAUGGGCUGAACCCAUCGGUGCCACCAGCGCCCCCGACGCCUUCACAGGCCUAUCCUCCGGGCAAGCCGACAUCCUUUUUCAGCAAACGCUACUCGCUUCCUCUUAAUGGCUACUUUCCUGCCCUGUCCCUCCAGCCGGCCAAGUCGCCAUCUUCGUCACCGCGCGAUCGAAGCCCAAGUGCUUCGGGAGAGCGACCCGUGUUCACGAGUCCCUUUGCCCCCGAGAGGGCAUACGUGGAGAGACUAAAUGAGGCGCAGGAAGGCAACGAGGAGCGGGAUGGGUCGGAUUACGACACGGCAACCCAGGGGUCGACGUCUCACGAUGAGGCAGAAUCCCCCACUCCGCUACCACCUACCUCUUCUUCGUCAUUGCUGAAGAAAGAACCCGCACUCUCUCCCACGUCCGAGGUCCCUCCCUCAGCAGACGCAACGACGUCCUCGUCUUCUUCCCUUGCGCCAUCUACGCCGCCUUCAUCUUCAACCCCCUCCGCUUCCUCAAAGCUGCAGAUCACCAUGCCUGAUGUGGGAGUAUCUCGCGCCGAGGAGUUGAGAGAGCGCCCUAGAGCCGCUAGAAGCAUCUCUGGAAGAAGUCGGCGGCCACGGACAGCCCAGGGGUCUGAGACUGGUCUGGGCGGACGAGGCGCAACGACAGCGGCACGGGCGGCUGCCUCUGGCACAAAAGCGCCGCCCCGCCGCGUUUCCAUUGAUGACGAAUCACCUCCAGCGCUAGACUCUACCGCCUUCUUCAUUACAAACAGGCGCACCGGCCGUGACGUUCUCUUCUUUGGCGACGUGGAACCCGACUGCAUCAGCCGGAGCCCGCGCAACCGUCGGGUCUGGGCACACGCUGCGCCGAGAUUUGUGGAAAAGAACCUCAACACCAUCUUUCUGGAGUGCAGCUUUCCGGCCUCUCAUCCAACCCAGUUUCUCUAUGGUCACCUCUCUGUCAACCACCUCUUCGACGAGAUUCGAACACUGUCUCGGAUCGUCGUGGCCGAAAAGAAGAGGCGGCUGAACCGCAGACAAGCUGCUCCGCCGCCGCCCUCCUACCCUCGGUCGAAGCUUUCCGUAUCGCAGCUGCCUCCGAUUCCGGCGUCACCUAUGGCCGCAAGCAGCGUGCAGGACUCGGAACUCCACGGUAGCCUCGAGGGCCUAUCGAUCGUCAUCGUCCACGUCAAGACGGCCUUGUUUCCCUCUUUUGAGGCCUCACCUCCUAAUUCGUCGUCUCCCUCCUCUGGAGAGGAAGUAGAACAAAGGCCUCGUGUCGUGGACCCGCGCACAAUGCAGCAGCGCAUCCUCGAGGAGCUGCGCGACAUGGAGCACGACGUCGGUCUGGGCGUACGCUUCGAAAUGGCAAAGCAGGGCAUGAGGAUCGAUUGCUGAACGUAUCCUCCUGACACGCUGUCACGAUCUCAGUAUCACUCUUGCAUGUACUGUUAGUCUCUCUGUCCCCACCUCUCCCUCUCCUGUGUCACUACUACUACUACUACCACUACUACUACCACUACUACGAGGUUAUGUCGUUGAACGUCUGGUAAUGAAGCUCAGAUCUGGUGGAGGCUUAAAUUACACGUGGGGACAUACCCCGCAAUCUCGGU